AUGGGUGUCACUGGCCUCUGGACUGUCCUGCAGCCAUGCGCGCGACCGAUCAAGAUCGAAACGCUGAACAAGAAGCGCCUCGCAGUCGAUGCCUCCAUCUGGAUCUACCAAUUCCUCAAGGCCGUGCGCGACAAGGAGGGUAAUGCACUGCGAAACAGCCAUAUAGUCGGAUUCUUCCGCCGCGUAUGCAAGCUCCUCUUUAUCGGCAUCAAGCCUGUCUUCGUCUUCGAUGGUGGCGCGCCGGUGCUCAAGCGACAGACCAUCAACAACCGCAAGUCGCGCCGCGAGGGCAGACGCGAAGAUGCCGUUAGAACAGCCGGAAAGCUGCUUGCAAUACAAAUGCAGAGGGCGGCUGAGGAGGAAGAGAAGAAGCGGAAGGAGGCUGUACGGCACCCGCGCAACCAGGAGGAGCAGGAGGCCAUACCCGAGAACUUGGUGUACGCGGAAGAAAUUCUGCAGUCACAGCAGGAGCGCACCGAGAACAGAAAGUUCAAGAAGAAGGACCAAUACCAUUUGCCUGAUCUGGGAAAGUCUAUGAACGAAAUGGGUGGUGCAGACGAUCCUCGCGUCAUGUCGCUCGAAGAGCUGGAGGAAUAUGCGAGACAGUUCGACAGGGGCGAGGAUAUCAAUGUCUACGAUUUCUCCAAGAUUGACUUCGAAGGUCACUUCUUCCAGAGCUUGCCAGCCGCCGACCGAUACAACAUUUUGAACGCAGCCCGACUGCGGAGUCGGCUGAGGAUGGGAUACUCCAAGGAGCAGUUGGAUACAAUGUUCCCAGAUAGAAUGGCAUUCUCCAAGUUUCAGAUCGAGCGGGUACGUGAGCGCAAUGAGCUUACGCAACGUCUAAUGAACCUUAAUGGCAUGAACGACGAUAUGGUUGGCGUUGGAGGAGCGAAUCGUGUCGCGGGCGAAAGAGGUCGUGAAUACGUGCUCGUGAAAAAUGAUGGAGUUGAGGGUGGCUGGGCGCUCGGUGUCGUGACGAAUAGAGAUGAGGGCAAGGCACAUAAGCCCAUAGACGUCGAUCUUCCGCCGCCUGCUGAGGAAGACGAAGAUUGGGAGGAAGACGAAGAUUUUGAGGAUGUGCCCAUUGAAGGACUAAACCGACUGCCUAAGCCCAAGCCUGGUCUGAGUGCGGAGGACAAGGAAGGACGAGAGUUCAUCUCGAAUGAAUUGGCAAAGCGACGUCGAAAGUUCUACAACUCGCGAAAGCCACGACCCACGCAGCCGAGACCACGAAAAGUUUCACCUGUGAACCAGGACCCAGACUCGCUGUUCUUAGCUGAAGAGAAUGAGGAUGAAGAGUGGGAAAAUGUGCCUGCGGCCGAUGAUGCCGAACUAUUCGAAGACGCCGGAGACGACGUCGAAGAUGAUAUGUUACAACAGGCGAUAGCGCUAUCCAUGCAACCAAAUGGUGACGAGGAGCAAGUGGCAGAACAAUCUGAGGACGACCCAGUUCGCGAGGUCUUCCAGCAGAAGCGUGCUGCAGACGCCAACCCCUUUGCAGGUGUGAAAGGACGAGGUUUAGCUAUUGCGCGUUUGGCCAACCAGCGUAGCAGCAAAUUGGCUCCGAAAGGACCUUUCGAGGGCAGUGAUAGUGAAGAGGAUGACAUGAACUUGCAGGCAGCUUUGGCUGAGUCGCGGAAGUCGAAAAGACCAGUCAAACCUCGCAAUUCCAUCCUGGGCAAGAAGAAGAUGGAAAAGAUCGAGGCUGAGAAUGCAGGCGGUUUCGAGAAGAAACUAGACCAGGACAAGAAGGAUGCAGCUCCUUUGCCUCCAUGGUUUGCUGGUGAACGUGACCUUGGGAAUGAUUUGCAGGCCCAGCGAGAAGAAGAAAAGCAGCAAUGGGAAGAGGCGAAACAGGAGGAAAAAGCACGUUUCCAAUUCCAAGAGUUGCCGACGAUACGCAAGCAGGAUACUCGAGAAGUAAUCGACCUUGAUGCACCUCCCAGUCAAGCUCAGAGUCAAGAGGUUGUAGCCAUCGAUUCGGACGAAGAAGAUGCUUUGAUGGAAGAUGCGCCAGCUGUCGAUGCUGAGGUGAGAAUAGGUGACUUGGCAGAUAAAUUGCGAGCUGAGCCACCAAAGCCCUUGUCUCCGCAACAAGGAUCACCGCCUCGACAGAAUCCUGCGUUGGUGAAGAAGACUCCUUUCGCCGACGAUUCGGACGAUGAGCCCGUGGACUGGUCAGAAAGUGAGCCCGAAGAUGAGAAACGUGCACAAGCUACAGUAAAAGCAGCCGAAGUGGCUGAGCAGCCAGCACCCCGCGAGCCUACUAGAUCACCAUCAGAAGAGUUCGAGGAUGUUCCUAUGGACAACCCUAAGACUACGAACGACCUUCCCAAAGUAUCCUCUCCACAAACUAAUGGCCAGCAUACCGCUGAAACGGUUGCCCAACCCGCCAAGUCACCCUCGCCAGACUUCGAAGACGUACCAAUACGUACAGAACCACCCUCUCGACCGAAGCGACGCCAUCGGUCUCCAUCACCUGCUGAGCUGCAGGGUCCAGAUGAUCUUGACAUCCCCAUCGUCCCAUAUGGCGGUAUAGCAGAAGAUACAGCACAUCUUGAUAUCCCUGGAAAUGACUCUGAUCAGUACUCUGACCCCGAAGAUGCUGAGUUGUUUGCUUCUUUAGCUGCAGAAGCAGAGGAGCAUGAGCGCUUCGCCAAGGAGGUCACCAACAAUGCCGCCACCAAAGUCAACUUUGACGAGGAACUCAAGUCUCUCCGCGCGCAACAGAAGAAAGACCGUCGUGAUGCUGAUGAAGUGACGCAGAGCAUGAUCACUGAAUGUCAACACCUGUUGACCUUAUUCGGAUUACCAUACAUUACAGCGCCCAUGGAAGCAGAAGCUCAAUGCGCAGAGCUCGUGCAUCUGGGUCUCGUAGACGGCAUCGUAACCGACGACUCAGACACAUUCCUCUUCGGCGGCACACGCGUCUACAAAAACAUGUUCAACGCCGCCAAAUUCGUCGAGUGCUAUCUCGCCAACGACCUCGUCUCCGAAUUCAGCCUCACGCGCGACAAAAUGAUUGCAAUCGCACAACUCCUCGGAUCCGACUACACAACCGGCAUCCCAGGCAUCGGCCCCGUCACCGCUCUCGAACUCCUCGCCGAAUUCCCAGACCUCCAGGACUUCAAAGACUGGUGGACCGGCGUGCAAAACAACACCAUCCCCAAAGACGCAGACAAAAACAGCGCGUUCCGCCGCCGCUUUCGCCGCGGCCAAGCCACGAAACUCUUCCUCCCGCCAGGCUUCCCGGACCAACGUGUCGCAGACGCAUACCUGCAUCCCGAAGUCGACUCGGACCCCGAGCCCUUCCAGUGGGGCGUGCCCGAUCUCGCCGCACUCCGCACUUUCUUGAGCUCCCAGAUUGGAUGGAGCUGGGAGCGCACGGACGAGGUGCUCGUCCCCGUCAUCAGGGAUAUGAAUCGCAGAGAGAAGGAGGGUACGCAGGCGAAUAUUACGCGCUUCUUUGAAGGCGGGGUGGGUGCGGGCGCGUUUGCGCCCAGGGUGAGGGGUGCAGAAGGGCCGAGUGGGAAGAAGAAGGGGAAGGGAGCGGCGGGGAAGAGGUUGGGUGCGGCGUUGUCGAAGUUGGCGGAGAGGGAGGGCGCGAGAGGUGGGGUUGAUGAUGAGGGGGAAGGGGAGGUACAGCCGAAGAGUCUGGCUGGUGCGGCGGCGGAAGAGGAAAGCGUGACGGCGACGCGCAAGAAGAGGAAGGGCGGGAGUAAAGCGACUUCGGUUGCUGAUGAGGAUGACUUUGCUGCGGAGGAGGAGGAAGACGAGGCGUAUGAGGAGCCGAAGAAGAAGAGAGCGAGGAAGACUCGCAAGGGGAAAGCUGCAUAG